GAAUAUAGUUUUAACAAAACAUUUAUUACGUUUCAUCUGAACACGUGGGAAUUUAACUAGCCCAAAAUAAAUAAUUCCUCUGUUUUAAAAAGAAUAAUCUAUUUGCAGUCAUUUUUUUUUUAAAACGAGGGAGUAUAGGCGAAAGCAAAUAUAUUUGUCCACGUAAUCAAAUAAUUUCGGGUUGAGUAUUUUUUUGUUGGAGUUUUCCAAUUCUGAGUUACUUUGGAAAAGCCACACCGUUUACGAAUUCCAUGCAAGUGCAACCCCUUUUUGCCUAAGCCUGAAGUCAUCAGACAGCUAUCACGUAAACAGCAUUAAUGUUCCAUAAAAUGGAGAGUGUUACCAAUGUCAUGGAGUAUGAGACCCUAGCAAAGGAGAAACUACCCAAAAUGAUAUACGAUUAUUAUGCCUCUGGUUCAGAGGACCAGUGGACACUCCAAGAGAAUCGAAAUGCUUUCUCUAGGAUUUUGUUUAGGCCCCGUAUUCUUGUAGAUGUAAACAACAUUGAUACAACCACAAGUGUCUUGGGAUUUAAGGUUUCAAUGCCCAUCAUGGUUGCACCGAGUGCAAUGCAGAAAAUGGCCCAUCCCGAAGGAGAGAACGCAACAGCUCGAGCAGCAUCAGCUGCUGGCACCAUCAUGACAUUAUCCUCAUGGGGUACUUCCAGUGUAGAAGAGGUUGCUUCAACCGGACCAGGCUUUCGCUUUUUCCAACUCUAUGUAUAUAAAGACAGGAAUGUUGUUCUGCAACUCGUGAAAAGAGCGGAAAGGGCGGGUUUUAAGGCAAUUGCCCUUACUGUGGAUACGCCAAGACUUGGCCGUAGGGAAGCUGAUAUUAAGAACAGGUUUGUUUUGCCACCGCACUUAAGGCUGAAGAACUUUGAAGGACUGGAUCUUGGAAAGAUACAUAAAACUGAUGACUCUGGACUUGCUUCAUAUGUUGCCGGGCAAGUUGAUCGGUCUCUUAGCUGGAAGGAUGUGAAAUGGCUUCAGAAAAUAACACACUUACCAAUCCUACUGAAGGGUGUAUUAACUGCAGAAGAUGCAAGGCUAGGUGUAGAAGCUGGAGCAGCCGGAAUUAUUGUGUCUAACCAUGGGGCUCGACAACUUGAUUAUGCUCCCGCAACAGUUAUGGCUUUGGAAGAGGUCGUCGAAGCAGUCAACGGAAGAAUUCCUGUUUUUCUUGAUGGUGGAAUUCGCCGUGGGACAGAUGUCUUUAAAGCACUGGCUCUGGGAGCAUCUGGUGUAUUUAUUGGAAGACCAGUUGUGUUUUCAUUGGCUGUCGAUGGGGAGGCAGGCGUUCGGAAAGUACUUCAGAUGCUCCAUGAUGAGUUUGAACUAACAAUGGCAUUAAGUGGUUGUCGCUCAAUCAAGGAAAUUACUCGUAAUCAUAUCACAACUCCUUGGGAUCCACCUCGCAUCACACCCCGGUUAUAAGCUGCUUUCUCAGUUUCAUGCGCGCAAUGAUCCAUACUUACUUUAAAAUAAAGUUGCCCCUUAUGAGAAUAAUGACCAUCGGUUGAUGGUCUUUUUUUGACCAUCGGUUCAUGGUCUUUUAUCACAAUGAAAAAAAGACCCUAUGUAGCACUUUCUAAAUGAAUAUAUUGCAUUUAGCAACUUGAAAUUGUAUUGGAGACGGACAUUUGGUUCAGAUUACAGCAGCAAGGAUUCAUUACUUAGCAGUUCUGUUAAAAAUGUAUCUGCCAAAAUGCAGUCUCUGAACUCUUUUUGAUAUCUGUUACGUUCAUAUAAGGCAACCCGCCAUACUUAUCAUAUUGAAUUACAACCAUUUACAGCC